CUUUGCAGUGACCAAGCCCCUCUCCACUUGGUUCUGUCAAUCAAAACCCAAAACAAGAUGGCAGGCUGUGGGAGCUGGGUCUUCUUUUUAACAGUGUGUUCUGCCAGUUUGUUUGGGGCCAGUGCUGACAUCAAAGUUACCAUUCCUGUGGGGAGGUUUUUUACACAUGAACUGUUGAGAGAGACUUUCCAGAACGACUUUGAACCUUUGGGCAAAGUCUACGGCAUAUUGUACAACGACCCCAUAAUUUUUAAGUGCAACAAACAGAAUUUCCCAGACCUCCCAGAGUGGUUGCGCUUCACCCAAAGGAACCCCUAUGACAAUGGCUUCUUGUAUGGCACACCAAUGUCUCCAGGAAAAAGUAUAAUUGAGAUUUAUGCCACCAACCAGCGGAGCUACGACACAGUCAGACACCUUCUCAUAAUCAAAGUCGUUCCAGAGAAGAUUCUGCCCUAUCAAGUCGAAGUCUUCAUCAAACUGAGAGAGAUUGAAAAAGUGCUGCCCUCUACUGUUCAGGAUGAGAUAAAGCAGGAUUUGCAGAAGCUGUGGGACAGAAACCCCUUGGAAAUGAUCAACAUCACCAACGCCCUCGACCGUGGUGGCAGAGUUCCACUCCCUCUUGCAGGGCACUUUGAAGGUGUGUAUGUGAAGGUAGGGUCAAAGGAGUAUUUCUCCGAAUGUCUCCUGAGGGUGUUGACACUGGAGAACAAAAACCAGUGCAAGGAAGAGGCCAAAAUCAAAGUCCCUGGAGAAUGCCACUUCUGCAUAAAUCCCAGCAACUGUAUCACCUGGUGCAAGACGGAGCUGUUUGAUCUGACAAAGAUGAAGCCGAAGCCACCUGCUCCCACAAUGAGUUCAGGGAUUUUGGAGGCUGGAGAGGACUUCAGACCUCUGGAGUCUCCCCCAAGCAGAGACUAUUUCCCAGACUACAUUGUGACAGUGAUUGUGCCCCUGAUCCUCGCCAUCAUCCUGUUUCUGCUGCUGGCUUACAUCAUGUUUGGCAGACGGGAAGGAGUUGCCAAACGGAAUGCAAGAACAAACCAAAUUCAGCUGUACCACCACUACACCAUCCAUGAGAACACUGACGAGCUGAGGACCAUGGCUGGAAGCAGAGGCAUGCCUCCACCCCUCUCCACACUGCCCAUGUUUAACAGCCGGACUGGAGACAGGGCCUCCCCGCUGCAGUCUGACAGCAUCCCACUCAUCAUGGCGCAACAAGAUCCGUACAGUGACACACUACCCAGGAAGUGAGACCAGCGAUGGAUAAGAUAUAACACAUGGAGUAUUAUUGAUAACCUCUCUGAGACACAGUUUGUGGUUAUGUAUUUGCGUUUGGAUAUGAUAAUUUCUUCCUGUUUGGGUUCCAUUAAAGUAAAUGAAUAGUAUACUAAUAGCUCAGAUGUUGUGUAUAUCAAGUUAAUUAUUGUCACACGUUGUAAACGAAUACAUGGGUCCUUUUAUAAACACUGAAGCAUG